AUGCAAUGGUUUAUUUUGCAGUCGGUGGCAGCGCACCCGCAUCUUUCCUUUAGCGCCCUGUACGCUUCGGAAGAGGAUGGCUUUAUUACGAAUGCCGAGUAUGCAGAACGUUCGCUCUCCGCAGAGGCACGGCGCUCAGCAGAAGAGUUGGAGAAGUCAAAGGAAGCGAAUAGCAGCAACUGCACUCGAGCGGGCGGUGAUCACGUAACACCGAAAACUAGUGAACUAACCUACAAAAUAUUCGUGAAAGUUCUGAUGCGUGACUCACGCCAAGUGGUUAAAAAUAAAUUAAGAGAGCUCAAAGAAAGUCACAAUGGCAGCGGUGCAGAUAUUUCUUACUUUUUCGUUGUGUUAAAGAAGAUCAACAAAUUGCGGUUGGUGAAUGAAUCGCAGGAGGGCCAAGUGAUGCACGAUGCCAUUAGGGAAAUCGUCACUGAGAAACACGACAAUUCAGAGGAUGCGACAGCUUGGCUCAAUAAAAUGUUUGAUCGCAUAUUCUGUCUGGCGCUCAAAGCGAAUUCCGAUGAAGACAUAGACGGCUUGGUGGACAGCUUCACGAUCGAGGAGGAAAUCAGUCAACACUUCAACGUCUUCAUACAAUUUUGGCUAAAUUACACGCCCACAAAAAACACCAAGGACAGCACAGUUGAUGCAACAGCAGAAACGGAUCGUGUGCCAAAUGAAACGCUAUGUGUGGUUGACAUCCCUAAUUUGCCUUUGAACACAACGAAUAUCACGCACAGCAUUUUCGCAGAAAUAGUCAUACGCGAUUCGCAAAAAGUAGCUCAGAGAAAGUUAGAUGAACUGAAGUCGCUGGAAUCGGAGCAGUACAAAUGGUAUAUUGCCGAUUUGACGAAAAUACUCGAGCACAUUGACAACCGCUUAUAUGACAAUACAACGGAGGAUGGUGAACUUAUUUACAAGUCGCUGAAGAGCAUCAAUGAAAUGAACGGCGAAGAUGACUCAACAUGGCUGGAUCACAUCGUUGAUCGCAUCUUCUGCAUAGCAAAAGAAGUGCGCAUGGAAAGCGAAAUGAAGAGUGCAGCUGAGAGUAUUUCGAUAGAGGAAACUAUUGAAGGGCACUUUGAAAUUUUCAAACAAUUGUGGUUGAAUUGUAAAAAUUUGUAUAUUCAUAGAGGCGAAAGCAUAUACAAGCUUUGUAAGAGUCAGCGAAAGUACUACGAUGAGUAGAUGGGCAUGUACGUAGGUGAAGUUUCCUAAUAGAUUUUGGUUUAUGAAAUUUCCGGUUAAAAUAGAAAAACCUUAAAAAUCACUAAAACAUGUCUAGCUUUGUAAAGUAACUAAAUACAUGCAUAUACAUACAUUAGCGUGGGCCGAAAAUUCGCUUUCAUAAUAUGGUUCAUUAUGUUCUAAAAUAAAUAUGUGCGAAAU